AUUACAUUGUCCAGGACUUUGACACCAGGAAAGAACUGAGAGUGCUCAUCUACGGUGGGUAGAAACUUGGUCAGGUAUCCACCCAUGUGGCAAAUGGACUUUGACAGCUGUCUUGGAGACGGAGAAGUACCACUGAGGCUAAGCUGAAAGAACUGGAGCUGGUGGUCUCAUUUCUAAUAAAGGAAACCAAAGAAAUGUAGAUACUGAACAAAAUCUAAAUAAGAACAGUCUUUGAUAAAAAAAAGUCCAGAAUGGACUCAUGGAUGCCACCACGACAGCCCCAGGACCAAAGGAGGUGUGGAGCCUGGUUUGAAGGAUAUGGAAGAAGCCCAUGGAGGGAGGCCUACCAUAGUCCUCCACCUCCACAUUUCAGGCAUGAAGGAUACCACCCUGAUUUCCAAGUUGGACCUCCGCCUUGGCUAGAUACUCAGCACCACCAUCCAAUCCGUCAUCCAAGACUCCAGAAUUAUACUAGACCAAACUCCAGGGCAGAGUAUUACGAAAGUAGCUAUCCAGACUGGUCUUAUACAAGGCAAGAAUAUGAAGAGCUGCACCAUGGCUUCGUGGAGAACCCUGAAGGGUACCAAAGAUUCAACCAAGGACAUCCAAGCAAAAGAUAUCCAAGAUGGGGAGAUAACUGGAGUGAAAGUGCAAAUUCCUGGAACCAGAAUUACUAUACAGAUCGCCAGCUUAGGAGUGGUAACGACUCUUUGGGGCAUUAUGAUGUUGCACUCAAUCAAUCUAAGAACCAGAAUUCCUAUGAAGACAGCUAUGCUUCAAAGAAAGAUGCUUCCUAUGAUAUCAGCUACCAUUCUCCUUUGUUGCAAGAACACACUUGGGAUAAUUUCCAAGAGAACUCUUUGAAGAAUGCCGCUGUUCCAGCCCAUGAGCUUUCAUUGCCUGAAGGGCCAAUCCCACUCCAACAGUACAAGGAAUCUGGUCUUAGUUCCAGCAGUUAUGAGCUUAGUCAAUAUAUGGAAAAUUCUUCCAACUACUAUGAAGCAGCUCCCUCCAAGGAUUGGAGCCCUGCUCAGCCAGCUGAAGACUUCCAAGCUAUGUCUAGCCAUGUGACCUCCCCCAAAUUUACCCUCCCUCACGUACCUCUGUGUUUUGGAGCUGGGGGGCAGCUGGUCCGAGGAUGUCCAAAUGAUCCGGCAGAUGGACAACCUGUUCUUAUUGAGAUACAUAGCCUUGAGAUUAUUCUACAUGACACGGCUGAGCAGGAAACAAUGAGAAUCUUUCCAGGACCUCUAAUCAGGGAAGAUCUGCACAAGAUGGAUGUAAUGACAUUCUGUCAGCGCAAAGCCGCCACUGGCUGUGACCUGACAACUAAACAGGGCCGAGAUUCUGCCUUGCUUUGGAAGCUCCUCCUCCUCCUUUGCCGACAAAAUGGAUCCAUGGUGGGAUCAGAUACAGCUGAGCUGCUGAUGCAAGAUCGCAACUAUCGGGAAAAGUACAAAAUACAAGAGCCAUGGGCGAACCCGAUUAACCUGACGGGAGAAGAAUGGCCAAUGCCUGGCUGUGGAACCGUGGACCUUCUCACAGGGGAGAUGGUCCCAACGGCUGGCACACCAGAGCAAAAAAUAGAGAAGUUCACCAAACUCCUUUUCUAUGGCAGAAAGAAAGAAGCCCUGGACUGGGCUAUGAGAAACCAGCUGUGGGGCCACGCACUCUUUCUAUCAAGCAAGAUGAACCCAAGGAUUUACAGCUGGGUCCUGACUGGGUUCACAAGCACGCUGGCCUCCAAUGAUUCUCUGCAGACCCUUUUCCAGCUCAUGUCUGGGAGGAUACCCCAGGCAUCUUUGUCCUGUGGAGAUGAGAAGUGGGGGGACUGGAGACCACACCUGGCUGUCAUGCUGUCUAAUCAAGUAGGAGACCGGGACCUGAAUUCCAGAGCUAUCAUCGCUAUGGGAGACACCUUGGCUGGGAAAGGGUUAAUAGAAGCUGCUCACUUCUGCUAUCUGAUGGCAAAUGUCCCUUUCGGCCACUACCCAGUUCAAACAGAUUAUAUGGUGUUGCUGGGAAGUAAUCAGAGACAGACCUUUUCCCAGUUUGCAAGGACAGAAUGUAUUCACAGAAUGGAAAUCCUUGAGUAUUGUCGGUUACUGGGCUGUCCCCAGGCUUACAUCCCUCCUUUCCAGGUAUAUAAAUUGAUUUAUGCAUCUCGCUUGGUGGACUACGGUCUCGUUGCUCAGGCCUUACAUUAUUGUGAAGGGAUUGGAAUGGCACUUCUUGCCCAGAAUCAGAAUGCUUAUCCUGUCCUCUUGGAUCAGGUUAUCAAGCUGGCAGAUCGAUUAAAGUUCUCUGACCCACGGCACCUGGAGAAGGCAGACUAUAAGAUGGAUUUGGAACCAGACUGGCUCAUUGAACUCAGAGCCCGUUAUCAACAGUGGGAGGAUCAAAGAGAGUUUCCCAACACCACAUCCAUCCAGCCAGAGGUUUUCAGAGGCAAUGGAUCAAUAUCAGGUUUGGCUCCUCAUUUUGAGUUUGCGCAAGCUGAGGUACGCUGGGAGAAUCUAGAGCGUCACCCUUGUAGACACCCAUCACCUGUUCAUUCAACUGGGCACCAACCAGAUGUGGAUCAACAGCUGCAUAUCUAUUCUGGACAUGGACAUCCUUCAAAGAGGACAGAUGCUAGUUUAGAGGAUUGUUCAGCAGAAAAUGGCCAAAAUUCCACUCUGUCUCCAGGAGGUCUUUCAAAUGACCCUUCUUCACAUCUGAAACAGCCACCAGGGGAGACUGUGGAAUCUUGUGGGCAGGACCAUUUUCCUGGAGAUCCAAAGAAACACAUUCCAGAACAUCAGGCCAUUUUCAAUGCACGGACUCGGACGGUCUCCGAGAGUUCCACAAUAACCCUUUCAGAAGAUCCACCAGAAGCCUCCCAGGAUGAAACCUCAUUGGAGAAGAAACUAGUGGAGAAAACAGAGCAAGAGGUAGUGAAGACUUCCGGUUUUGGCUGGUUCCGUUGGUUCCGUUCCAAGGCAAAUAAAGAUGAAGAACCAUCUGAAAAAAAUCCAGUUGCUUCUUUGGACUCAACUACUCCAGUUUCUCAGGAGAAAAUCCCUCAGCCCCUUUUGGUUUCACCCACGAAUGAGGCAAAAUCUACUGCGCAACAUUGCCCUCCUCCCCUUUCUCCCACAGAAGGCAAUCCUUUUCCCAAGAGAUCUCCAGAAGCUCAACAUUCACAAGGCCAUAGCAGCAUGGAAGCAACUAUCAUUUCAGAUGCUGGUGAUCAGACUAGUUCCUUCAGACAUCAAUUCAACCCUGAUAGCAUGCCUCUACCCCCCACAGAAGGGACAGUUCCUAUGUACAACCCUGCUCAGGCCUCUGGCAUUGGGCAUCUGCAACAGAAUUUUCAGCAAUACUACCCACAUCAUCUGCAAUACAAAUAAUCCAGGAUACUUCUGUGACUGUUCCCCUGAUCAGAAACCAUUUCCUUACCCAAAGAUGACAGUUCUAUGAUGUCUUUGCUACCCUUCCUGCUUACUGGCAUUUGAGCUUGUUAUCAAAAGGAUAACAGCACAUGUGUUUAUUGUUUAAUGUUAUAUGGCCCCGGUUAUGCACAGUAUAUAUGUGACUGUACGAAAUGAAAAUGGAAAAUAAAAAACACAUUUACAACAAGAAAAAAAAAAGGAUAACAGCACAAAUGUGAACUAUAAGCCCCUUUCAGUUUUAUUUGCUUGGUAUUUUUAAAAGACAGUUUUACAGCAAAUGGCAUAGAGAUGGACAUAAAAUAAAAAGAAAAGGGAACCCCCCCCUUUAUUUUCUGUCUUUUGUUCUAAGAAGGGAGCUGUUAAUAGUUUACAUUGCCACUUAACAGGUAUUCAUAAUCUAUUGCUCAACUGGCUUGAAAUUGUAGUCCAAACAUAUCUGGAGGAUGCUAACUGGGAAAGAACGACGUCUUUUUUAAAUAAAUGUACAUAGGAUAUCUUGUAUAUUUGCUUGAGAAUAAAUCAGUUGAGAUCUGUGUAAUUUCAGGGCAAAUUAAAUUAUGCUGUACUGAAGAAGAACAUAUACUUAAACAUAGCUACUUGGGAAUAAAUCUCAUUUUUAAAAUUUGUAUCUUAUUUGUUAAGAAGUUGUAUAACAUACUUAGGGUUUGGUUCCAGCCCAGUAUUGUAUGAAAACUUAUACACACACUCAAAGUCAUUUUAUGUAGUGCACAAUCUUGAAAUAUUUUACAUAUCAUCCCAGUAAUAAAACCAAAAAUUGUAGUCCAAUUGAUGUUCUUGUUAAUAAAAAAUGCUGGCAGUUAAAUGAUCAAAACAAAAUGGCUUUCUUUUGAAAUACAUGUUUUCUGAAUAAAGUUAUGUUUGUUAGUA